AUGGAUACUCGCAAACGGAAGAAAAAGGUCCUCUUGAUGGGCAAAAGCGGCUCGGGAAAGUCGUCCAUGCGCUCCAUCAUCUUCAGCAACUAUGUCGCAAAGGACGUUCGGAGACUCGGGGCGACCAUCGACGUCGAGCAUAGCCAUGCCAAGUUUAUGGGCAACCUGACGUUGAACCUAUGGGAUUGUGGAGGGCAAGAUGCUUUCAUGGACUCCUACCUCAACGCGCAGCGCGAGAAUGUCUUUUCGGACGCCGAAGUGCUCAUCUACGUAUUCGACAUCGAGUCGCGGGCGGUCGAACAGGACCUCGAGACUUACAGCCAGGUCAUCAAGGCCUUGAAAGAGUUCAGUCCGAGCGCACACGUCUUUUGCCUGAUCCACAAGAUGGACCUUGUCCAGCACGAGCUGCGGGAGCGCAUCUACGAGGAGAGAUGCCGGCUGAUCACGGCGCGGUCCGAGGGCCUGAGUCUCGAGACGUUCGCGAGCAGCAUCUGGGACCAAACGCUGUACAAGGCGUGGGCGGGCAUCGUGCACAAGAUGAUCCCCAACCUGGUCAUCAUCGAGAAGUUCCUCGAGGCGUUUGCGAAGCAGCUCCAGGCCGAGGAGAUUGUGCUGUUCGAGCGGUCGACGUUCCUCACCGUCACCAACGUCGUCACGCGGUACGGCGACGACAACCCGAACCACGACAGACACGAACGCAUCUCGAACAUCAUGAAGAGCUACAAGCACACCGUCGCCAGGAACACGAGGACCACCGCCGCGAGCGCUGGCUUUCUCUUGUUCAAAGUCCAGACACCCCGGUUCAAUUGCUUCCUCGCACGCUUUACCGAGAACACCUACAUAUACGUCGUCAUCCCACCCGGAGAAGCGGCGUUCAAUUGUGCCGUGCUUAAUACCAUGAUGGCAAGAGACGUUUUCAGGAAAAAGACCGGAGUUGAAGGGUGA